CCAAGUCAAGUGGUUGAUUUCUCUCUCUUUAUUCUUCGGCCGCCAUCUCUUCUCUUCUGUCGAGACAUCCAAUCAAUUUGUGCAGCAAGAUGUUGAGCAAGUGCACUUAUCUUCUGUCGCUCUUGCUCUUCCUCUGUGCUGAUGAUGAUUGCGAAAGGGACCUAUUGCCGGAUGAGAGUGCUACAUCAAAGGGACCCAGUGCCGGUGGUGAUUGCGAAAGGGACCUAGUUCCGGAUAAGAGUCCUACAUCUGAAGCACAGAAUGACAUGAGCCAACCAUUACUGUCGCCAAAUCAUAACAAAAAAAAGUUGAGCCCCAUAAAAAGAAAACAGCAAGAUUCCAACGAAUUAUCAAAACGAAGAAGCAUCAAAGGGAGUUGCACCAGCACCUUCCAUGUUGGAGAACCAUCUGAAGUUUCCCAAACACCAAAACCAAAAGGAAAAGGAGUGCCUGUAGAAGAACUUCUCAAGAAGCAUUCUGCCUUGAAAGUACUAAAAAUUCUCGGGGACAGAGUUAAUCGACAGAUAAAGAUUGACGAGAGGGCAGACCUAUACUCUUGUGUAAGUUUAAUGAAGUACGUGAUGGAGAACGAAGUCGUUGACCUCUAUCAACCAAUAUUUGAUUCCCUCAACCGAAUCAAAAAGAUAUGGCCACCGCGGACUGACCUCGAGAACAUAAAGAAGAAGAUCAAGGAAGAGGAGGACAAGGAACGAAAGAAGAAAAAUGGGGCCAGGAGAGCUGGUGCAGCAACGAUGGAAGUAACAGAUGAAAUGAAGCAGACAUUGAAAGAAAUAGAAAAGAUGAUAGAAAGGUCAAUUGAAAAACGGCGAGAGGACACUACAAAAGUAGAGAACCUUGAAAAAAUCCUCACAACUGAGGGGGUUAGCGUGGAUACUCUAAGAGAAGAGCUUUCUUCGGCAUUUCCAUGGCUUUUCUGGGAGAAAACUGCAGCUAACGAGCCUACUGUUGAUCAAGGAAGUUGGCGAACUCGUGAAAAGAAGCUUUUUGCCAAGGACAAGAACAAAGUGGAUGUUUCAAAUUUCCAAGGUUUGGAAGAUGAAAUAACGACUGCCGAAUUGAAUGAUCUUCCACGCUACCUAAAACUUGUUGCUCGCAAAUUGGAAGACCAUCGUGGUGAAGCUACUGAUUUUGCAGAUGCCAAUAUUCUAGCUCUUCUUUUCGACAACCUCAAAGAGAUGGAAAGUCUGCGACCUGAGCAACUCAGCCUGUCUACGUUGUUUAAGUGGGGAGCUACGGUGAACAAGGCCAAAGAACUUCUUCAUUACCCGGUUGAUUUUGUUGAAAUCCACUUGAAGAGAAGUUUGCUUGCUUACUUUGGUUUAUUAAUUUCAAAAGCAUCGAAAAAGGGUCCGGAAAUCAGAGGCUAAGUUCAAGGUCAAGAUGAAGGUGAUGCUUGUGGUUUUUAUUUUCGUUUGUCUCCAUAACAACUUAUUAGUGGUUUUUGUUGUUUUUAGUUCUUACUUGGAACAUGAACUUUGAAGGUGCGUGGAGUUCUUUUUGGUAUGUGGUAUGUGGACAGUUACACUUUAAUC